AAAAGGAACUCCUACCCGGCUUUACAGGUAAUCUUUCUAAAACCUGUGCUGAUUGUUUAGCUGGCAAGCAUCAUAGAGUUUCUUUUCACACUUUACCCCUGUCUAGAAGAAAAUAUGCACUCGAUUUGGUUCAUACUGAUGUUUGCUUCAUGAAAGAUAAAAGUCUAGGUGGUGCUACAUAUUUUGUGACUUUUGUGGAUGAUUUUUCUAGAAAAUUGUGGGCUUAUCCCUUGUCUAGUAAAGAUCAGGUGCUGGAAAAAUUUAAAGAAUUUCAGGCAAUGACAGAAAGAGAAACUGGGAGGAAAUUAAAGUGCAUCAGGUCUGAUAAUGGUGGUGAAUACAGUGGACAGUUUGAGCGCUACUGUAGAGAACAAGGAAUUAAGCUCGAGAAGACCACUCCUAGAACUCCACAACAUAAUGGAGUUGCUGAAAGGAUGAACAGAACAAUAUGUGACAGAAUUGUCUGUAUGCUCUCUCAUGCUAAAUUGCCAAAGUCCUUUUGGGGUGAGGCUUUGAAGACUGCAGUGUACUUGAUAAAUCGAUCCCCUUCUGUUGUUCUAAAUGGUGAUGUUCCGGAGAAGAUUUGGUCAGGCAAAGAAGUAUCCUACAGGCACUUGAGGGUAUUUGGCUGCAGGGCAUAUGUGCAUGUUCCAAGAGAGGAAAGAGCAAAGCUUGAUGCAAAGACAAAACAGUGUGUGUUCUUGGGAUAUGGUGAUGAGGAGUAUGGCUACAGAUUAUGGGACUUGAAAAACAGAAAAUUAAUAAGAACCAGAGAUGUGGUGUUAAUUGAGAAUGAGACGGUUGAAGACUCAAAGAAGCAAGAUGACAGCGAGCACACUCAAGAAAUACCAGACAGUGAUUAUUGUACUCCAACACCUAAACCAAGUGUUAUGAAUGAUGAUCACAGUGCAGUAGAUGAGCAGCAAGUUCAAGGGCCUGUUGUUGAACAUUUUGUUGAAGAAGAAACACACCAAGAAGAGCAAGUGCAACCACCACAGCAACCUCAAGUUAGGAGGUCCAGUAGACUCCAUCAACCAUCUCGGAAGUACUCUACUGAUGAGUAUGUGCUCUUGAUUGACGGGGGAGAGCCAGAAACUUAUUAUGAAGCUAUGGAGAGUGAAAACAAGAAGGAAUGGUUGAUGGCAAUGCAAGAAGAAAUGACUCUAGACCGUAAUUUAAACCCAAAUGCUAAGUCAUGGAGUCCAUCCGCGGCUUCUCAUCCACCGCCUUCCCCUCCUGACUACUCCCUAACUCAUCUUCAAAUGUUUCACCAUCGUCAUCCCCAGCCCUGCCAAUCAAUAUUCUCUCACCCUCAUCCCUACGCAAACUUUCAUUUCAUUUAUCUACCGGCCCUUGAACCACCCUUGUUUCCUCCCCAUACUGCUUAUAACAUGCAGUACCCUCCACCUCCACCUCUACUCAUUGAGACUUACAACAUGGGGCAUCAAGCAGAAUUACGGAGUGAAUCCGUACAGGAGGUUGUAGUUACAGAGGAGAACUGUGGAAGUCCUCAGAUAACAAGGUCCAGAAACAGGGGUUUUGGUCGGACUCGGAGAAGUGCAUCCAGAACAGACGGGUUUGUACGUGCCGAACAUGGUAAUUCUGGGGCUGAUCCGCGGCGGAGUUACAGAAAUCCUUCUUCCAAUGAGAACUGGAUAAGGGUUCAGAACCGCGCUUCAAGAAGACAACCAAAGGAUACAAUACCAUUGGAAUCCGGGGGAGAUAAAACCUCUGUAAUGAUAAGAAACAUCCCCAACGAAUACACAAGGAAGAUGCUAAAGCAUUUCUUGAUCAAGCAUUGCGAGAUGGAGAAUAAUGGGAAGGGAGGAGAUUCAGAAGAAGAAAAAAUUCACUCAGCCUUUGAUUUUCUGUAUCUGCCUAUGGAUUUCAGAACACAGAUGAAUAAGGGUUAUGCAUUCGUCAAUUUCACCAACCCAGAAGCCGCCUGGAGGUUCUUCCUUGCAGCAAACAAACAAAGUUGGGAUUUUUCCUACUCUAACAAGAUUCGCGACCUUUGCUGUGCUACAAUCCAGGGAAAGGAGAAACUGGUGAGGCGUUUUGAGGGGAUAAGUUUUCCAAGGGAGGAGUAUAAGCCUCUGUGCUUCGAGCCUGCUCAUGAUGGUUCAGGGCAGGGGGUCAAUGAGAUCCCAAUAGGAAUCAUGAAGGGGAAGGAAAGGGUAUAUGUUGGAUCAUGGAUGGGUGGACCUUGGCACCUGGUUCCAGGGAAAGAUCAGGUGGUGAGCUCCACCCUACAGAUAGAUGGUCAUGAUGAUUUUCCGAAACCUUCUUUAGUCUAGGAUAGAUGAUACCAUCUCUGUAACCUUUCAACAUGUUAUAAUGUCACUACUUCUGCAGUAGCACUCUUCAGGCAUGCAAGGCACAUUCUCGGCUCCAGUUGUUGUCCCAU